AUGAUAUUAUCCCNUAGUUUUGCAUAAUUACAAGCAGCUUCUUAUUUUGUAUCAGAUUUUUUAGAUGGAAUACUAUAAGUUGGUGGUCAUUUAAUUAUGAAAGUUAUGAUUACAUCACUUUCAACUCAUAAAAUAGAUGCAUUAUGUUCAAGUUUUGCUAUUACAGGUUCUAUAUUUAUUCUCGUUACAAUUUAUAUCUGUGAUUCAAGUUCAAGAAAAUAAUUCUUAUCCACAGUAAGUGAAGACAUAUGGGAUCAAUAAUUGCCACAUAUUAUAAAAAAACCAUUUAUCAAGCUCAGUUAUUCUAAUACCAUUAUAAAUAUAUUACAAAGUCAUCUCAUUGAGAUAUUCCCUAAUUUUAAUAGUGAAUAAUGUUAUGGAUGUAAUGGAAGAUAAUUUUUAAGAGAUUGUUAGAUUGAUAAAGUUUCAUUAUCACAUUGUAUUCUUAAACAAAGUGAUAUUUUAAAUAAGACAAUCAAAGCUAAUUACAAAUGUCAUAGAUUCGAUUUAAGAGUUUGUAAAUAUGGUAUAGAGAACAUGAAUUUAUUAGUUAUUUUGGAAAAAAUUAUUACAACUACUCAAACAAAAGUAUUCCCAAAUGAAGUUAGAUAGGAUAUAAGUAAAUAAAUAAGAAUCAAUCAUUAAGAAUACUUACGUUUCUUUUAUUGGGGUUUACUAUCCCUUAUCCAUCUUAACAAUCAUGAAAUAAAGGAAAUUAAAUUGUUUCUUAUGUUUAAAAGACUUAAUAAGAGUUAUCGCAAUUAUUUGUUACCAAUUUAACUUUUUACAAAAUAUCAAGAAGUCCAUCUUAAUACAUAUGCCAAUUUAUUGAGGAUAUAUCUUAUUCAAAUAUACCACAUAUUAAUUGAGCUAUAUUCAUUGUCUUAUAGAAUUAGAAUUUAAAUUAGAGAAUGUGAUGAAUAUAUAGAAUUACAUAUUUUGAUAAAUUCAAGUAUGUUUCACACUCUUUAUCAAAACAAUAUUUUUAUAUAAAAUAUAGAAAGAUUCAUCCUUUAUGAACCCUUAUCUAACGAUUUAAGAAUACGUCUCAGUAAACAGUUAUCCUUUAAAUGA